UUUAGCUACUUUAGCUACUUUAUUGAGAGAAAAGAAUCUCCUUGUACUGAAGAAGAUGGAGGAGUUUAGAUUAACAAGAGGAAAGAGCAAGAGAGAAGAAGAAGUGGAGAUUUCACAGCAAACUUCUCGUGAUCUUCUCAAAACCAAAUCCCCAGAAAGAAAGAGACAGAAGCGCAAAACAAAGCAACUGCGGAAGAGAACGCCCAGACAGCAAAAAGCCAACAAGCCAGAGACCUUUGAAUCUUUCUACACAGUUGGAGAGAAACUCGGCGAAGGAGGCUUUGGAUCAGUUUUCGCAGGAACGCGCAUUUCCGAUGGCCUGCAGGUGGCCAUUAAAUUUGUCCCAAAACAGGAGGAUGAUCGAUACAUCCAAAGCCCAUAUGAUUCCCGGUCCAUUCCACUAGAAGUGGAACUGCUGCAGAGGAUGAGCGAGACAUCUGUUGAUAGUGUCAUACAACUCAUACAGUGGUUUGAUGAGCCUAAGCGCUAUAUUUUGAUCUUAGAGCACCCUCAACCUUGCAAAGAUCUGCAUAGCUUACAAAAAAAAUAUGUAGGCUCUUUUAGUGAACAGAUGGCCAGAGAUCUUAUGUUGCAGGUAGUGCGGACAGCGAUCGAGUGCCAGAAGCGAGGUAUUAUCCACAGAGACAUCAAAUUGGAUAACAUUUUGAUCAACAUGGAGACCUUAAAGAUCAAACUGAUCGAUUUCGGCUGUGGAGACUUGAUAAAAAGAUUUGGAUAUGAUUACUAUGAAGGCACCUUUGAAUACUGCCCUCCUGAGUACUUCUUAAAAGGGAGGUACUGCGCCAUUCCUGCAACAGUGUGGUCUUUGGGUGUGCUGAUGUUCGAGAUGGUCUGUGGAUUCCUACCAUUUAAAGAGGAAGCCGAUAUCAUUGGAUAUCAUAGACGAUGUGAUCUGCACUUUAAAGACGGCCUGUCAGAUGAGUUCUGCGAUCUGGUUAAAUGGUGUCUGCACCCCAAACCAACUUCAAGGCCUACUUUACAGCAGAUAUUGGAGCACAGAUGGUUCAAGUCCAGCUCCAGCUCCCCAGCCCAGGGACAGACCACAGAGAAAGUUGGAGUUCAGGAUCAUCAGCACACAGGCCACCAAUAGUUUAAGUGUAAAGAGAUCGGUUUAAAAUUCAAUGGCCAUCACUACAGUGGAACAAAUGUGAAAUGCAGUGCACACAUGACAUUCAUUUUCCAUAGGAACAUGCACAAAAUAUGUUCCAAGAUAAAAAGCAAAACCAUGUUUGCAUCGCUGUACUCCAUAAAAUUAUACUCAAAGAUUUUAUUUCUUUUAUUCAGAGAAAUGGAUAGAACUUAAACUGUACCGUAAGAGUUCCAGUUCGCAGAUAGAGCUGAGCUCCAGUAGAGGUGUUGGUUUUGUAAAUUAAAUGCAUGAACUGCAGAUUUGCCGUUAAAAUAAAUUAAAUAUAGAGUUCAUGUUUUAUGCAUUAGGAUGUUAUCUUAAUUCUGAUUUACUGAGGUGUUAAUAUUUAAAAUACUGCAAAGGGCAGAUCAGUAAAGUGGUGCCCUGAUUUGAUUUCACAGAAUUUUGACACACAAGAGGUCAAGAGAUGUAAACUUAAUGUAACAGUGGUUUUGUUUUUUAUUUUGGCUCAUAUUCUGCAUGAUAGUGUUUGAGGUAUCCGGUGUCGACCAGAGGAGGAUGGUUUCUUCUUUUGAGUCCUGGAUCCUCUCAAGGUUUCUUCCUGCUGAUCUGAGGGAGUUUUUCCUUGCCGCUGUCGCUUUUAGCUUGCUCAAAAGAGGCUCGGACCCGGAGAUAUUCUUUAAAACUGAAUUUAAAUGAUACUAUGGAAAAGAAAUGCCAUUUGUGCAUUGCUGUGUUAAAAUGGUUGGAUGCAAUACCCCAGGAUUCUGCAGCAGAGAGCAGGAGUUGUUGUAGCAGUGGGUGAAUCCAGUAUAGAUACAGGGUAUGGACUGGACUUGAUGUGUAAUAUCAGUUGUUAGGUUCAGGAUUUUAUCAUCUUAUUCUGUAUUAGUUCAUGUUUUGUUCCACUGUAGUGAUUGCUUUUUAAUUUGGCACUAAUUAUUUUAUAUGUGUUGUUUAUAAUAAACUUCACUUGUUAUAAACAUUA